UUCAAACACGACGCCAUCGCAAUGCCGCGAAAGAAGGGAGUGAUCUGGUCGUUCUUCAAUGACCUGCCGGACGACGAGUCGUCGAGAUUGAAGAUGAGUCGCGUCGAGUGCAAGUACUGCAAAGGGAACGUGGUCAAGAGUACUAGCCGCCUUCGCUCGCACUUGCGCAUCUGCCCCAACUUUGACGGCGCUCUCAUGCCACCACUGGAUGACGACGACGACGACGAUGGUGUGCCCGAUUUCAAAGACUCCAAACUCGCCAAAGAUGACAUUAGCAAGGGGGAUUUGUACCAUCCAUUCAGUCGAUAUAUUGACCACACGCUUCUCAAGCCCGAUGCGACACCUCAUGACAUCGCUGCACUGUGUCGCGAAGCCCACGAAAACGGAUUUUACUCUAUCUGUGUGAACAGCGUGCAUGCCGCGUAUGCUCGCCAGGUGCUGGAUAGCCUCGAAAAGAAGGCGAAGCGAACAAAUGGUCAUCAUGUCAAGGUGACGUGCGUGGUCGGUUUUCCAUCUGGAGCAACUCCGUCUGAAAUCAAGGCUCUUGAAGCUGCGCAUUGCCUCACAGCGGGUGCCGAGGAGAUCGACAUGGUUCUGUCGAUUGGACACCUCAAGAGUGGCGACCAUGCCUACGUGUUGCGUGAUAUAAGUGCAGUGGUAUCAGUGUGCAAGAAGCACAACGCUGUGAGCAAAGUUAUUCUGGAAACCGCGUUACUUUCAGAGGCGGAAAUUGAAACGGCGAGCCACUUGGCCAUCUCAACCGGAGCCGAUUUCAUCAAAACGUCGACGGGAUUUUCAACCCGUGGGGCGUCCGUUCACGACGUUCAACUCAUGGCGCGCAUUGCCCACCCGCGAAAUGCCCAAGUCAAAGCGAGCGGGGGCAUUCGGUCGUUGGAGGAGGCGCAAAUGAUGAUUCACGCGGGGGCGACGCGACUCGGCACGUCGGCCAGCUUGGCCAUUGCGCAAGCCAUUCCCCCUCCGGCGGCCACCACGACGAAUGCCUCAGUUGCGCCCGUCGUUUCAACCGACUACAACAUGAGCCUUUGAUAUCACUUGAACGAAUACACUCCCAUGUUAAGACACACAAUUGGUAUUCCCUUCUCCGGUCAAAGAUCACAACUGGUCGUGAUUCUGACAGAACUAGUUUUUUCGGUGAUGGCCAGCCCCGCGGACGUUCCCUGCCGAGUCGCCCCAACCUGAUUCAUCAACUGUGCGUCGUCCGGGCACCGGAUGCCCCUACACGCCUUCAGUUGGGCGCUGUGUGGCCUCGCG